GUGUUAAAAAUAACGAUUUGGUGUUGGGAAAAAACUCCAGUAAUAUUCAAGUUUUUUGAUAAUAAACAUAGUACCUAAACCUUUAGAGAUACUUGAUUUUUUUCAUAAAUCUCAAUUUACACAUUAUUUUUUGGGCAUUUGUUCCAAAUUUUUUGAACAACUCCUUGAAGUUUGUUCCACAUAUAUGUAUCUGUACUGUAUAAUGCAAAGAACGUGAUGAAGAACAGUGUUAGCGUCCAUAGUUCACAUACAUAUGAGUUACUUAAUUAACAGAUUAUUUUUUUCAAGGCUAAUGAUGACUUUUAUGAUCUUGUUGCUUCGUAUUUUUCGUUAGGAUUCCAAUAUAAAGAAACUCUAACAUUUCUGAAUGUUCUGCACAAAACAGAUUUAUCGUCGGACCUUGAAGACGUAAACAUUUUUCAAGAAUAGAAGAUGUAGUGGUAUUCACAGAAAACGAAUUUAACACAUCUGGUCAACUUCAUGGUUACAAAUGGAUGCAUUUACGUUGCUUGCAGAACAAUUUUAUUAUAACAUAGCAAAUUGUUCAAGAACUCCUUAGUUUACUGGAUCCAGUUGGAGUAGAAGGGCGCAAAAGAUAUCGGCUUCGUCGCAGGCAAUACGACAAUAAAGGUCCAAAUUAUCUAUGGCAUAUGACAAAUAAAAGUCCUAAGGUAAUUGGAGGAUAUUUCUUAGAAGCAGUGAAGUCCAACGGAGGAUGUCCCAGAACUUUACGAACCGAUAUGGGCACUGAAAAUGGAGUAAAGAAGAGGAUACAAAAAGCCUUUCAUGAAGUAUUUGCUGAAUCAACAAAUCUACCAUGUUUUUUGUAUGGAAAAAGCAUGCACAAUCAAAGGAUAGAAUCUUGGUUAUCUAUAUUAAGUAAACAUAAUGCACAAUACUGGAUGAAUUCAUUUCAAACCCUAAUAGAAGACAAUUUAUUUGAUGGAUCAUUUAUGGACAAGUCUCUAGUUUAAUUUUGUUUCAUACCAUUAGUACAAAUGAGAGGUAAGUUGUUAAUGAAAUUUUAAUAAUGAUUCUUAUUUCAGAGUGAUUUUGAUCAAGUAUGUUUGGAAUUGAGUAUUCAUAGAAUACGGAAAACAAGAAAUGCUAUUGCUCCAGCAGAGAGACCAAGUAUAUUGUAUGCGAUGCCUUCCCUUUAUGGAGUUACAGAUUACCUGAUCAAGAUUCCAUCAUUCGCUUUUAA